GUAUCUGGCUCUCUGCACAGCUGCCAACGGAAACAGAGAUUUCAACCAUGGACGAUCAGAACGACGGCGUCGUGGUUCCCAGCUUGGAUUUCCGGCGGCUGUGUGUGAUCUCGGCGCUGGGCAGAGGAGCCAAGGGCGUGGUAUUUCUGGUGAAGGGAGAAGAAACGGCGGCGGAGGGGCUAAUGGCCUUGAAGGUAAUUUCCAAGGACUUAAUCGAGCGGAGGAGUAAAGACGCGAAGAGCGACGGCAGCGAGUACCGUAGAGUCAGCUUCGAGCAGCAAGUAAUACGUCGUUUCGAGCAUCCACUCUUGCCUAAGUUGCAUGGCGUUCUCGACACUGAGAAGUUCGUCGGCUACGCCAUUGAAUACUGCCCCGGCCGCGAUCUCAAUUGCCUCAGGAAACGACAGAGCGAGCGGAUGUUCUCCGAUGAGGUUAUCAGAUUUUACGCGGCGGAAUUGGUUCUGGUAUUGGAUUAUCUGCACGGAUUAGGAGUUGUUUACAGAGAUUUGAAGCCGGAGAACAUCAUGAUCCAAGAAAAUGGUCACAUUAUGCUCGUGGAUUUCGAUCUCUCCACCGAGCUCUCCCCCCUAAAGACUCCUCCUCGAUCAGCUCAAUCGACUCCGAUGAAAUCAAAAUCCGUAGCUAAAUCGAACCCGGUGCACAAGAAGCGGCGCUCGCCGUUCCACCGCUUCUGUAACUCUGGGAUUUCGCCCGACGACACGGUGGCGCAGCCUGAAGCUGGCGUCGUCAACUUGGAAAACUCCGAGAAGUCCAACUCGUUCGUUGGGACGGAGGAGUACGUGGCGCCCGAAAUCGUAUCGGGCCAGGGACACGAUUUCGGCGUCGAUUGGUGGUCCCUCGGGAUUCUUCUUUACGAAAUGCUGUAUGGUACCACGCCGUUCAAGGGGAUCAACAGAAAAGAGACGUUUUAUCGGAUACUGACAAAAGCUCCAGAACUGACAGGCGAAACGACGGCGUUGAGGGACCUGAUAAAAAAAUUGCUUGAGAAGGAUCCGAAGCAGAGAAUCGGGUCGGGGGAAAUCAAGGGCCACGAUUUCUUUAAGGGGGUGGAGUGGGAUUCGGUUUUGCGACUGUCGAGGCCGCCGUACAUCCCCGAUAUUGCCACGGCGGAGGGUACGGAGGGAAUAAAAAAGAAAAUCGAUGUGGAGACGGUGGUGAAGGGAAUAUUCGGAGGAGAAGGUGGUGGUGGUGGUGGUGGUGGUGGGGAGGAGGAGAAUAAAGGCGAGGAUAAUGAGGAGAAUAACAAAAAUAGGAAUAAUAAUAAUGAGAAGGGUGGGAAUGAGGAGGAGAAAGUAAAUAAAAGGGUGUGGGCGGAAGGACUGAAUAACAAUCCUACCCAAGGUGGUGAUGCAUUUUUGGGUUUCUAACUAUUCUUUUAUUUCUUUAUUUCUGUAUUUAGAUACUGUAAUUAAGUUAUUAAACCUUAAUUUAACGAAUAAUUAUUUGAUA